CUGAGCAUCUUCAAAUGUUCAGCCCCAGUCGUCAAGUGCUGCUCUUGGGGGGCGAGGUUGAGCGGGAGGGUGACGCCAAGAAGGGAGAGAAAUACGUGCAUCAAUAGGCUAGGCUACAUAUUUCUCCAACAAUCCCGUUAUAACGUUGCCUACUCUGUUAAUACGGAGGAGAUAGUGUGAAUUUAAAGAGCCAGGAGAUCUGAUGAAGAUGAAGACAGUCAGUGUGGUGGUGGUGCUGAGCUUGCUGCUCUGCUCAGCUCUGUCGGCCCCUUUGAAAGGCAAAGAAGACUCCCAGCAGACCAUGUUCUUUGGGGAGGACUUCCAUCUGCAGCUGCCCUCCCUGGCUGCAGAGGUUUUGUUCCAGCCCAGUAAUGCCAAGGCGGGGGCUGAGGUGGUCCUGAUGCGGGGUGGGUCCGUGGUCGGUAACCGUGCCAAGCUCAACAGUCAGCUCAGUCACCUGAUCCUAGCGAACGUGGGCGAGGGGGACGAGGGGACGUACUCGGUGAAGAACAACGAACAGCCGGAAGAGGUCCGACGCAUCACCCUCAUCGUCAGAGACUGUUCAAACGAGCAGAACAUUAAGUAUGGGGAGAACUACCACAUCCAGCUGGCGGGGGUGGAGGCUCCCAUCACCCUGGAGUAUAGGCCCAGUGCUGUGGAGGCCAACCUGACCUCCAGGCCGCCCCUGCUGCUGAUGACCCGAGAAGGGCUCUCCAGAGAUGGGUACCAGGGGCGCCUGAGUGUCAACGAGCGCCGGGUCACCCUCAACGCCGUGACAGGCGCCGAUGAGGGAAGCUACACCGUCAGCGACACUAACCUGAAGAUCAUGAGGAAGGUCUGCCUAAAUGUCAAAGAACACCAGAACUUUGUGAAGCUGCCGUACGCUGGCACCCUGAAGAUCAACCUGAUUCUGAAUGCGUCCAUGGUGCGUCUGUUCUACACGCCCGACUACGACUUCAAAACCAGACAGAUCCUGGACGGAGGACAGUUAACGGUGCCAGCGGACCUGGAUCUGGUGGGGCGGAUCUCUCUGGAUUCAUCUGUGGUUAUUCUGGACCAGGUCAAGGCCAGCGACGUCGGACAGUUCAAGGUCACAGACAUACUGGGGUUUCCUGUGUCCAACGUCUACCUGGAAGUGGAUGCCUACAAGCUGCCCUCCCUCUACGUGGCAAUCAUAGCACUGGUGGGCUUCCUGGUUCUCCUGCUGUUGGUGUGUCUGCUGUCCUGCCUGGUCAAGCAGAAGAAGAGGGCUGCCAAGGCCAGAGCCAUCGAGAAGAUUGCCCAAAACGCAGGCAAGGAGGACGAGGGAGAUGCCUUCAGACAGGUUGUGAAGAACAUUACUCAGUUUGAGGAGUCUAUAGCCCAGUCCAUCGACAUCACAGAGAAGUCUCAGAGCACUGAGGUGGACAUUAAAGGUCUGGAGGUGUCGUCCAAGGAGGUGGCAUGUGGUAACCUGGAGACCAGUGACUCAGGGGUGGAGUUUAACACCACUGGCCUCCCAUUGGACACUGACACUGACGUCCCCGACCAGAUUCUAGAAUCAGAGGCUGAGACUGAGAGUGUUGCCUUCGUCCCAGAAACCAAGCCAAGCCCACCCCCGGUUACCCCGGUUACCAAACCUAGCCCGGUUCCCAAGAUCAACAAAAUCCCUGAACCAGCUCCUGAACCAAAGUUGACCAUAACCAAACCCGUUGAGACCAAACUCAGCCCAAUCCCAAGUCCGGUCUCCAAGCAGGCUCCAAGCCCCAUUGCCAAAACACCUGAACCAGCCAAAACUCCUGAUUUUAAAACUCCUGAACCGAAAAUACCUGAAUUGAAAACACCGGAACCAACCAAAACUCCUGAUUUGAAAACUCCUGAUUUGAAAACUCCUGAUCUGAAAACACCUGAAUUGAAAACACCUGAACCAGCCAAAACACCUAUUCCUGUGUCUCCAAGCCCGGUGUCCCCGAAGCCAACCCCACCCCUGACCCCUGUCUCCAAACCAACUGUACCCCAACUAUCAACCCCCGAACCCGCCAAGCUGGUGACACCAGCCCCCGAACUCCCCAAGUCGGUGACACCAACCCCAGAAUCCUCCAAGCCUGUGACACCAACCCCGGAAUCCCAAAAGCCUGUGACACCAAUCCAGACUCCGACCCCAACCCCAAUGCUGAGCCCUGAACCUGCUCCGACCACCAAUGGCACACCCGAACCACCAGCACCUGAAUCCAAACCUAACACUGCUCUGGCCCCAGUGGGUCUGAUCGAAAGUCCUGUCGCCAAGGCAACCCCUCCUAAAACCCCUGAGGUGGAGGUGACCGCCCCAAGUAGUCCAGCCCUUGAGGCCAAAAUGGACGCCCCAGCUGAGGACAACACCGCCACCACCGCAACCUGAGAACAGUCCCUGUACUCCUCCAAGGGAAACCCCACAGAUCCAUUAUCCUAUCCUCCUCCACCACUGUAGACAGACAAUCGAACACCCCCCUUACCAAAUAAGGAAGAAAUCACUGCUACUAUCGAGGCUGGGACUUAGAUGUAACACUUGUAAUGCUCGAACAUGCUGUAGGUUGUUAUGAUAGCUAACUCACCUGUACCUAACGCUAACAUUAUCUUUGAGAUACUUUUUUCAAUUCACAGUAUACUUUUCACAAGAUAGGAAAUAUAAGCAAGCGAGUUCCAUUUUGUCAGACGUUUUAGCUAUUGUUUUUUCUUUUUUACAUUUCUAUGCCGCAUACUCUUUUUUAGUGUGUAAACUAGAGCAUGACUGCCGGUCUGCCAACAAAAUCAGUUGCAGAGUUUACAAGUAAAAUGUUAAACCUAGCUACUUUAGAUAUCUUUUUCAUUCAGAGGUGUGCAGAAUGGUUCCACACCCUUUUACAUAGAUAUAGGAACAAUAGAAUGGCAAGUGAACAUGACUCAAUCUAAUUCAACUACAUCUAUGACCACCUACUCCAUUUGUGGAAUGAUAAAACCUUUGAUGAUGCCUGCUCUAAUCUCAGCAUGUGAAACAACAGACCAAAACGGAAGCACGAACAGCUCGUAAAUUUGCAACGGACAUUUUUUUUAUCUCUUAUGAUGAAACCAAUGACAUGAUUUAGCCCCCCCAAGGACUUAUAAAAGUGACUAUGACAUAACGUUCUCGUCAAACUGGAUGAAUUUAAAUCAACUUUCUAUCAAACUGGACUGGAUUCCUUCAAUUUCCUUGUGACAUUCUCUAUAAGUUUUCCUGAAACCUGGGAAUCUGGAAUUUUCCUGCUGGUCCUUUGCCAUCCUAUAGAAACAUCUGGAAUGCUUGAAUGAUGAAACAUCCUGAUACAAAGGAGCAUGGCAUUAUCCCAGCAACACCAACACCUGAAUGCUGAACUCUAACAUCAAUACCUUCCGCUAAACUAAGUCUAACUUUUGUUUAAAAUGGAUGUCUUAACUUUUGUUUAAAAUGGAUGUCUCAUGUGAUUGCGCUCCCAACUACGUGAGAGACUGUAUUGGUUAUAAGGUAUUGGCCAACUCUGACUGACUGUCCCAGGGGACCUCUAGAAUCAGUUUAAUCCAAGAGUAAGAGCUUGUUUUGAUCCUUGACCUCACCCCAGCACCUGAAGACCCCAAGGACACACCUCAGCACUUUAAGCAAUCCCCAGUGAAUCUUUGGAAAUGUAGUGCUGAUUGUUAUUGUGCUGACUACAACUAUGAGAGUGGGAGAGGGAGAAGAGGAGGGGUCUGGUGAGUGAUGCCAUUGGCUUAGUCCUAACAUUUAAAAAAGGAAUCCUCGCUCCUCUAUGUCCUUCUUUACUUCUGUCCUUCCUUCUGUCCUUCCUUCCUUCCUUCUGUACUCCCUCUUUUCCUUCCUCUCUUGCUUGCAGCAGGUAGUGAAGUACAGUAUUAUGGGAUGGUUUCAUCUGGCCGAUAGAUGUAGUUUUACUGUAGGUCCUGCCCUCUUGACUUCUCAUUUUUAGAUUAUGUGUCAGCCUUUAUACCCCAUGAUGACUUAUAAAAGUACAGUAUGAAAGUAUAGUCUUCCCUGAGAUAAUAGAACAGAUCCAUGUCAGACUAUUCCUUGCCUACACACAUCUACAUGCGUUAGUCGUCUAUGAGCUUCAUACUGGAGGCCUUGAGCCAACUGUAGAUGUGCUCCACGGCUCUGAUGCCUAGUAUGGGGAUCUCACAGUACAGUAUACAUGUAGUUCUGGUUAUUUGCUCCAGCCUAAAACAGCCACUUCACAAAUAGGGUUAACCCACUAGCAUCCAUGCACAGUACUGGAUAUGAUGUCAAGGUAUGGGUUGAUGUGUUCUAAUAGCCUACCCUAUUGCCAUUAAUCUCUCUGACUGCCCUAAAAAGGUCCUGCGAGAACUUCACUAACGUAAACUCACUCAUUUUGUACAUCGCCUUGGUCCGUACAAUUGACCUUAUUUUAGCACCCCAAAAACGUAAUACUUCCAGAUCAACUGUAAUGUCAAUACCAUUGUAAAGCACAAUUUCUCCCCUUUCCAACAGAAUCAAUUACAUGACCUCCACGCUGCCCGUUUCUGCACAAUUCAAGAAGGCAAUGAGCCCCGUCGGGUCUUUUUAAAAAUUACGGGUGGGGAAGCAAAACUAAUGCGUGAUAGUGAGAAGGAGAGAUGUAUGGGAAAAUUGCUUUUUUUCACUCGAUCUGUCCAACCUAUCACCUUAUCGCCUCUAAAAUGUAAAUAAAACACUAUAAAGAGUUUAUAUAAUGUGUCAUUACAUACCUAUUUGAAGGUUUGUGUCGAAUUUGAAUCGGGUUUUUAGGGCAGUGCUAAAGUGAUCUUCAGAAGUCAAUAGCGGCUUUGAGAAUGAUGAUCGCUUGCAGUGAUGACGCAAAAAUUACUAGGUUGUAACGGUAGUCCUCCUCCUCUUCAACCGAAAAGGAGAAGUAGUGAUUCGACCAAGGCACAGCGGGUGGUGAAUACAUAAUUUUAAUUAACAAGACGGAAAAAACACGAAACGAAAUACACUUGAAUGAUUAACAAAAUAACAAAACGGAAUAGACAGACCUGGACAUGGAACUUACAUAAAACACGAAGAACGCACGAACAGGGAAAAUAGACUACACAAAAUGACGAUGUACAAAAACAAACCGAACAGUCCCGUAUGGUGCGACAAACACUGACACAGGCGACAACCACCCACAACGAACACUGUGAAACAACCUACCUAAAUAUGACUCUCAAUUAGAGGAACGCCAAACACCUGCCUCUAAUUAAGAGCCAUACCAGGCAACCCUAAACCAACAUAGAAACAGAAAACAUAGAAUGCCCACCCAAACUCACGUCCUGACCAACUAACACAUACAACAAACUAACAGAAAUAGGUCAGGAACGUGACAUAGGUAUCCCCCUUACACCCGUCACUGUCCAUUUCUUGUUUUUAAAGGAUGAGAGAAGUGCUACACCUGGUGGAGAGAGAUCGUAAGACAGAAAUAGUAGCUUUAUGCGUGCAGUACGUUACGGCAUGACACGUCACGAUGUAACGGAGGGUCAGUUUUUUCUACUUUUCUCCAAUGCUAUAGAGCCAUUACCAUGUUGAUCACCACUUGAAUAGAAACGUAGUUCACACCCCAGAUUUUGAAGUCAACACCGUCGCUACAGUCCCAUUAGUUUUCUUUGCAGCCUUGUUUGAAUGUUGCGGUUGCGCACAUUUGUACGGAAUGGGGUGAGUUUACGUUAACUAUUAACUCACUGUACCACCAUCUCCAGGACUGUGCCAUGAUGCCAUCUGUCUUUAGUUGCUUGAAGCGAUGUUGCUCUAGCCUAGAUUUACAGUGCAAUAAGACUUUGCUGGUGGUUAAAACUCCUGUAGCCGCUAUGUGUUACAGGAGGAGGUGUGCAGAUACAUUUUGCUUGACAAAAGACAUAUCUCUACCUCAGUGUUUUAACUGACCGUUGUGACAGACACCAUGAAUGGUACAUUGAGUUCAGUGGACUACAUCUAAAAGCAUUUAGGAUUUUUAAGAGAAGCACAAAUAGGAGUCGUGUUAAGUUCACCAACACAUCAAACAGUUGUUGGAACACAUAGAAAGUACAUCCAUCUUCAACUUCAAACGAUGGCCUUUCUCUUUCUGAACACUUCCACAAUUCUAAGACGUUUUUUAAUGCUAAAAUGAAUUAGUUAAAAGCCAUAUGGUAAGAUAGUGAUAUAGAUGUUGAUAUGAAUAGUACAGUAUAUGAAUCAUGAUGAAUACAGUAUGAAUACUUUAGUGAUUGAGGUGCCUAAAUUCUUUGCUAUAUUGUCAUUCAACUGAGGUCAAUGAUUAUGUAAAAUUCUACCACUGAAGAGAUUUGGCCCCACUCUCAAUCUCAAUCUCGAUCGCAUUGCUCGUCAAAGUCUGUUGUGUGGAGCCGUAACACCUAUUUAGGCAAUACUAAAAGCAGUGUUUAGCUGUUUCUACACACACACACACACACACACACACACACACACACACACACACACACACACACACACACACACACACACACACACACACACACACACACACACACACACACACACACACACACACACACACACGCACGCACACACACACACACACACACACAAACACUCCCUUAUGACCCUGCUGACGAGGUUCAGCAUUGUAAAUAUUGCAUGUGUAAGGUUUAAAAAGUCUCCUCUCAAAGGUUGAAUGUGUUUAGUGUAUAGAAUGGUCGUUGUAUUGUACUUGAUGAUAUAAAAAAGCUAAUCUAAUUUCUCACCUGUGCAAAGCCUACAUGCUGAUUAUUGAAUAUACUGUAUACACACAAACUAAUCUUCACUAACUUAGAAAAUACUAACUUGAACAACUGAAAAGGGUAAACACAACUGAAUAAGUGCAUAUUUUUCCGUGUCACAGAUCUUCGAAUAGAUCUCUAAAAUAUUUUGAUUGGAUUAACUUUUAUUAGUACUAUUUCAACCCUAUGAUGAUAACACUCACAGUAUAACACCCUUACAUAACUUAUAUAUAUAUAUAUAUAAAAAAUACAGAAUUAUCUAUGUCACUUUAAAGAUAAAGAGGUUUAUUGCAGCAUGUCCACAUGAUCUCCUCAAAGACAGUAUUAUUGUUAUUCAUAUUUUUCUGCUUUUAUUAAAGCCGUCUGUGUGUGUGUGGAGGAUUGAUCAGUCGUAGUGUUAUCUUCAUCCUAACGUGUGUGUGUGUGUGUGUUUGCGUGUGCGUGUGCGUGUGCGUGUGUGUGUGUGUGUGUGUGCGUGCGUGCGUGUAAUCAUACCUGUGUGUGUGUGUGUGUUGUGCGUGCCUGUGUUGUGUGCAUGCAUGCGUGCGUGUGACACAUCAUUUUGUAUCUGUGUCUAGGUAUAAGACUCUAGCCUAUGUGUGUGCAAUGAGAAAAGAAAAUCACAAUUUCAGCUGUAUGUCGACGUCACACAUGCUUAGAAAUGAUUGUCCUCAAUGAUCUGCUUAUCAUCUAACAUUUGUUUAGAAAACUAUCUGUGUUUGUCCAGACUCAGUAUGUGGUUAACAUCACACAAACCUGCACCUCUGAGGUGCUCUACACGGGAUGACUCUCAUCUUUGAUUUAGUGCCUCAAAUAUGAAAUCAAAUAUUCAAUGGCUAGUCAGCCUAUAUUCUAUAAAUACACUCCGAGGCACCGUUUGGUUUAUAUGAUGUAGGGUGGUGUCAGACUAAACAGCGGUAAAGUACUAUAUGCAGACCUUUGCACCUUAUAGGUCUACCGUACUGUAUAUAGAGACACAACAUAGUCAGGAGAUACUGAAUAUUGUAGUCAGGACAGGAAGUGUUUACUAUAAUGCACUUCGACACUCAGUCAUGAUUGGAAGAGUGAUAAAUUACCUAGUUGCUUGGUAUUUGGUUGUCAGGGUUUAUUUGAAUGUGCAUUAGCAUGAGAUGAAUAACAUCAUAUUGAAGUGUAUUGUGUAACUUGGUGAGACAGUAACUGUUGUACAUCUUGGGAAUUCAGUGGCACUGUUUGUAUGUAAACAGCAGGUUGAAUUCAAAAUGGAUGCCAAAGCCUCAAACAGUAUUUGAGACCUAGCCCUACUGAAGUGGAACUGAGAUGUGCAUGUGGAUGAAUUUGACAUGUUUUAUACCACUACUGUAUUAUAGCGCUUCCCAAAAGAGGGGGUAAUGUAACAAACCUACCCUUGGUAACCACAUUACCAGCACCUCCUAGUGAGUCAACUCUAUUUGGGAUGGUUGGUUAGUGUCUGGGUCUUGGGACCAGAAGGUUGUGGGUUCAAUUCCCCCCUGGCUGGGACUGACCCCACCCCCAAAUUCACUCCAGUGUUCUCAUUGGCGUUCCUUGCACUAUGUGAGUGAUCUCUCUCUGCCCUGGUUCUGUCUGUUUACUCCUUCUGCUGACAUGGCGUGUGUAGCGUUCUGCAGUCUGUUGAUCUCCUCCCUUUUUUCACGACACACAGGCGUUUUGUAAAGGAAAGGUGUUAUUUUCUUUAUUUCAUGUCUAAAAAAAUAUACGAAGAAUAAACUAAAGAUUAUGAGAAAAAAA